GUUGAGAAUAGUAACGUUAAAUUUAGUAAAAGUGUGAACUAAUGAGCGAUUGAUUGCAUAAUUAGUUUGUAAUACAAAUGUUGUGAUCGUUUGAUAUAUCGGGUGAAGAGAUGUCCAAAAGUGGUUCAAAGCCGAGGGAUGUGUUUGUCUUCGAGAGAGUCGAGACAUUGAAAGCAAAUGAAUCCAAAUAUAUUAAACCGCAUAGAAUUCACUAUAAAAUGAACGGGAAGGAUCUGAUCUGGGAUUGUAUGAAAAUACACGACAGUGUCGCAAUCCUUGUAUAUAACCGGACGUCAAAGAAGUUGGUAUUUGUGCGACAGUUGCGUCCGGCGAUAGUCUUCGCGCAAUUGUGUCAAACGGUCAUUUUGUCAGUCAUUUGUUGCCUCAUAUGGACUGUGGUUUGCGAUGAGAGCGAAGCCCUCGAAGAGCUCAAAGUGGAAGUGCUGUUCAAACCGGAGGAAUGCAGCCGUAAGUCAGCCAAAGGAGACAUGCUUUCGAUGCACUAUAAGGGCACUCUCGAGGACGGCAAAGAGUUUGACUCCAGCAUUCCUCGCGGCGAACCGUUUAAGUUUCAGUUAGGAAUCGGUCAAGUGAUCAAAGGCUGGGACCAGGGAUUGCUCGACAUGUGUCCGACGGAGAAGCGAAAGCUGACCAUUCCGUCACAUUUGGGUUACGGCGACGCCGGCGCUGGCGAUCGCAUACCACCGAAGGCUACGCUUGUGUUUGAAGUGGAGUGCAUUGCCGUCGAAGACGGACCGACGCCCGUCAAUGUCUUCAAAGAGAUCGACGCCAACGACGACAACCAACUCUCUCGCGAAGAGGUGAGCGGAUACUUGAAGAAGCAAAUGCCGGAAGCGGCCAAAGCGGGCGUCAAAGACCUUCCAGAUCAGGACAAACUCGUGGAAGAGAUCUUCCAACACGAAGAUCAGGACAAGAAUGGCUUCAUAUCGCACGAGGAGUUCAGUGGACCGAAACACGACGAGUUAUAAUGACAUUCAUUAGACGUUUUUUGACACUUAAAACUUAAUUUUUAAGGCGUUUAUAAAAUAAUUUUGUGAAUUGUUGUGAUAUAUAAGAAGUAUAAAUGAAUGUGAAGUGCCUUUCCAUUCACACCCCUUUCCCCUCUCUUUACUGACUAACCAUUUAUUUAAUAAUUUAAUUUUUCAAAUCUUUCUGAAUGGAUAUCUGUUUACUCAACGGUUACAACAAAGCAAUUAAUUUAAUAUAAUAUUGGGUUUUAAUUCAUGGGUUAUAAUAUGCCGUAUCGUUAAUGUCUGUCCCAUUAAUGUAUGUUUUUUAAAAUUGGAAAAAACAUUUUUUAUUUGUGAAAAAUAUUUUUUAUAUUAAGUUUUAAUAUCAAAGCGAAUGAAUGAAUCAAUCGAUCGAGUCUUUCCAUCACAAAACAAAUGAAACAAAAAGCAAUAUUUAUAUCGAUAUUAUUAUAUAAUGUUUUAAAUUAAUAAAUAUUAAUAUAAUUUAAAAA